GGAUGAUGUGCACCCUCCAGAUUCCAAUAAUUCUGGUGACUCAGAUCCAAAAGUAUCGACUUCCAAUAAUAGUAAUCCCUCGGUUACGAACUGUCCUAAAGUCGAGGAUGUUACAAUGGAAAUAAUCGAAAUAUACGAAAUAAUAAAGAAAGAAACCGAUGUCGCUAUUGAAGUGUCUCAUGUACGGCAAACGUUUUAAUCAGAAGGUCAGCUUCAAAAAACACAUGAGCAUGCACAAAAAUCAACGCAUACAAUCCAGCCAAAUCUUCAACCCGAAGAAAGACUUGAAGCAUCACGAGAGGACUACCACCUAUGGAUGUAUUACCUAUUCCUGCGGCAUAUUGACUCUCCUAUGGAUCCUCUGUACAUCCCGGAUUCCAAUAAUUCUGAUGGCUCGGUUCUGAAAGUGUCGAUUUCCAGUGAUAAUAAUACCUUGGUUAAAGACUAUCCGGAAGCGCAGGAUGUUGCAGCGAGAAUAAGCGGCAGAAAGAAACCAAAGCGGACCUUGGAAUGUUCCGUUUGCAGCAAACGUUUUAAUUUCAAACAUCAUUUGAGAAGGCACAUGAGCACACAUACGAAUCACUGCAAACAAUGCGACCAGAGCUUCAGCUUAAAGAAAGACUUGAAGCUCCACGAAAAUACCGCCCAUGGACGUCCUAUCCAUUCCUGCAGCAUGUGCUCGUUCGUGUCUGAAUACAGGAAAAAUUUUAUGCGUCAUUUAAUGGAAAUCCACAGCAACGAACAGUUCAUAACAUGUAGGGAUUGUGACUAUAUCGGUGGGACGAGAAUCGGCUGGGAGGCUCACAUGAAGCGCAUGCAUAAGAAGAAGUUCUUCUGCUAUCUCUGUUGUACAGCGUUUUCGAGAAAAGUUAAUGCACGGUCCCACGUGUUGUGGAAACACCCUGGAAACAAUAAAUAAUAAGUCUGCAAUAGUGUGUAAUUUGCAAGGUCGCGUCGACUGAUAAGAAGAAGACACAGUGAGCGUCUUACCGAUUUUGAUCUCUUUGCAUAUAGUAAAUGUACAUAAAAAAUAAAUAGACCCGUGCCCGAGUUUUGUACAAUGCGCCUUCCAAAUAGUAGUUUUUAACGUUUGAAAUUCCAAGCGUUCAGUAGUGACGACAAGAAUAGAUUUCCCGAUAGAAAGUUAGUAAUUAACAUGCAGCACCGCAUAACGUAAUUGGUAAUCGCAGGACUAGUAAUAGGUAGCGGUAGGAAGAACACAGUAUCGAAUCUGUGUCGGGAUAAUCUUUCUUUAAUUUUUUUUUUUUCUUGAGAA